CCGCGAUCAGAGCGGUACGUUCCGAUAUGGAACCCAGUCACGCAUUGUCUUAACUACCCUUGGUUCAUGACGGACGACGACGUGGGCGAUAUUGAACGGGUUCCCGCUGACGUGUGGGUAUACCGCUACAACAACAAAGAGCUGUUCGGCCGCUCGCGAAACACCAGCAGCAGGACGCCCGCCCCAGAGCCAGAUGACGACGACGGCGUCCACGGCACGGGCGGCGCGGAGGCGGCCGACAUGGCGGGCAGCGCAGCAGAGCAGGCGGCAAGCGACGACGACGACGCCAGCAUCAUCAUGUCCCCAGACAGCGCCGCAGAUCCAGCGGCCGUCGUCGCGGCCAUCGUCGGCGACACGGCGACGGGCAGCGCCGACCACGACGGCGCGGGCGGCGCGGAGGCGGCCGGCGACAACCCCUGAGUGGAGGCCGACGUCGACGACGAGGACAACGCCAGCAGCAGUAGCAGCGACGAGGGCAAUAAGCUUCUGACUCUGCCCAAGCGUCUGCGGCGGGAGUAGGCGGCAAGCCCGAGGAGGUAGUAAUUAUCAUACUGGUGAGCAUGCUCACUGCGCAGCAGUCAUUGCCAUAUAAUAUAGUUCGUUGCCAUGCCACCUCCAGGCUCCAAGGGCUUCCCC